AUGAAGGUGCUUUGUCUCCAUGGCAAGGGGACCAGUGGCUUUAUCCUCCGCUCCCAAAUCUCUUCGUUCCGCGCUAAACUUCCCGCCGACAUAGAAUUUGAUUUUGUCGAUGGCCCAUUCAAGAGUGCCGCCGCGGCAGGCGUAGAUAUAUUCUACAGUCCACCUUACUACUCCUUUUGGGAAAAUGAUAGCGUCGACGCCGUCCGAGCCGCCUACAACUGGCUGAAUGAGCAUAUCGCCAAAAAUGGCCCAUACGAUCUCGCCCUCAUGUUCUCACAAGGCUGCGUCUUGGGCUCUAGUGCUCUCCUAUUCCAUCAGGAAGAAACACCCCAUCUCCCGCCACCGUUCAAAGCGGCUAUUUUUGUCUGCGGUGGUGCGUCGUUGGGUGUUCUUGAGGAGAUGGGCUUCCAUGUCUCGGCUGAGGCACGCGAGCGUGAUCUUGCAUCCCGGUCUGCGUUAGCUUUACAAGCUGGCUCAUCGGCACUCUUGGCCCAGGGUGCGAAUCGUUGGACUGGUCUCAAGACUCUAAACGGCGGGCUCUCGGAGGAGGAAUUGCGAAAUGAGAUAACUAGUCCCUACCGUAUCAAUGUUCCCACGGUGCAUAUUUAUGGCUCGAAAGAUCCUCGAUGGGCGGCUGGUGUUCACCUCUCCGGUAUUUGUGAGCCAUCGAAACGUCGUACCUAUGAUCAUGGCGGUGGGCAUGAAAUUCCUCGGACGGGUGUGGUGAGCAACUCGAUCGCCGAACUUUUCCAGUGGGUUGUUGCACAGAAUGGUUCAACUUGA